UUAGCGGCACCACUCAUUACAGAUAUCCAUUGAUUAUGGUUUCAACAACCGGUCUUAAAGUAUCGGUUCUAUCAAAAAUAAUAUAUUUAUAUAAUUGUAAUAUGUUACGCUAAAUAUUACUAUACUCUGGCUAUCAUCCGAGAAGUAAGGAUUUUUUAACAGAUCAAUUAAAACUGCUCUUAUGUUAGCAUGCUGCAGUUAGCAUAGGUAGAUGCUAAAGUUAGCUUCGUCUGUUAACGGACAUCUAAUCACUUCUUCUAAAGUGAAGUUUGUCUUAACCAUUAGCUUACAAUGAAGUGUCACUAUGAAAUAUUGUGCGUGAAACGAGACGCAGGAGACGAUGAAUUGAAGAAAGCAUAUCGUAAAUUAGCAUUAAAAUGGCAUCCAGAUAAAAACUUGGACAAUCCUGAUGAGGCGGCGGAGUAUUUUAAGCUGAUUCAGGCAGCUUAUGAUGUCCUAAGUGAUCCACAGGAGAGAGCUUGGUAUGACAAUCACAGAGAGGCUCUUCUGAAAGGAGGAAUCACUGGAGAUUAUGCAGAUGACAGCAUUGACCUCCUGCAGUAUUUCACAGUCACCUGCUACUCUGGCUUCGGAGAUGACGAGAAGAGUUUUUACACAGUCUACAGAAACCUCUUUGACUCCAUUGUUAAGGAGGAGAUGGAGCACAGCAAGGUGGAAGAUGAUGAUGAUGAAGAGGAUUUUCCUACUUUUGGAGACUCUGAGAGUGACUAUGAUACUGUAGUGCACGUGUUUUACGGCUACUGGCAGAGCUUCUGCACUCGUAAAAACUUUGCCUGGAAGGAGGAGUAUGAUACGAGGCACGCAUCCAACCGCUGGGAGAAAAGAGCUAUGGAGAAGGAUAACAAGAAGACCAGAGAGAAGUCUCGGAAAGAGCGCAACGAGCUUGUGCGACAACUCGUGGCUUUUGUCCGCAAGCGUGACCGGCGUGUGCUGGCCCACAGGAAGCUGGUGGAGGAGCAGAACGCUGAGAAGGUCAAGAAGGCGGAGGAGAUGAGGAGGAAGCAGAAGCUUAGCCAUGCCAAAAUGGCAGAGGACUACAAGGAGCAGAGCUGGGCGGCCAUGUCUGAACUUGAGAAGGAGCUGCAGCAGAUGGAGGCUCAGUAUGGAAAGGAGUUUGGAGAUGGAUCAGAAAGUGAGGAUGAAGAGUUGGAAAUAGACCCAAGGGAGAAGAACGGUGAUGAGGGAGACGAUGUAGAACAGCCUAAUGGAGACGAGAUGACGAUGGAUGAUUAUUAUGAAAGUCUCUACUGCCCAGCCUGUGACAAAUCCUUCAAAUCAGAUAAAGCCAUGAAGAACCAUCAAAAAUCCAAAAAGCACCGGGAGAUGGUGGCAUUACUACGGCAACAGCUGGAGGCGGAAGAUGAUUCACUUGGUUUGAAUGUGAACGGAAAGGAUGAAAAUAAGCUGGAAGAUGAGGAGGAGGAAGAGGAGGAGGAAGACAAGCCAAGGCAAAGGCUGUCCAAGAAGCAAAAGAGGAAAAAGAAACUGCAGAAAGUAGUACAGAGUGCUCCGGAGGAAGAGGAAGAGGAAGAGGAAGAGGAAGAGAAACGGACACCGACAACCUGCGAGGAAGAUGCCCCCGAGAAGUCAGAGAACCCGACAGAGGCGGAGAAACAGGAGGAUCCCGCCCCCACAGAGCUGGAGAAAAAAGAUGAUCCCGCCCCCCCCACCGAGUCACAGAAACAGGAUGAUCCCACCCCCACAGAAGUGAAGAGCUCUGGGAAGACCAAAGGGAAGAAGGCGGGAGGAAAGGACAAACCGAAGAAUGCAAAGUCAACCACAGAAGAAGAAGAAGAAGAAGAAACGUGUCCUGAGAAGGAAGUAAUCCUCAACUGUGUGAUCUGCCACACCGAGUUCCCCACAAGAAACAAGUUGUUCGACCAUCUGAAGACCAGCGGUCACGCCAUCGCCAUCUCCUCAAACGCCCCUCAAAGCUCAACGACCAAGAGCAAAAAAGACAAGAAGAAGAACAGAUAACACUUCAUCUGGACGGAUGAACCUGAAAGAGGUUGACUAGGCAAAAAAUGAUGUCCAAUGUCUUUUCCUCACCACUUUUCCUUGCCCUCCAUGAAAAACGUCAUGAGAAAGAUUUGAAGGGGAAAUUAUGAAAAGACUUCCAUGGUGCUAAGAGAAUCAGACUACACUUACACUAGGCUUUUUAAUUAUACAAGAGCUUUAAAUGUUGCUGCUACAAACAAUUGCGGGAAUGCAUUAUCUCCUUUACUUGUUUUUCAAGGAUUGUAAAGUGUAUACAAUGCUAAAGGAGAUAAAAAAAGAAAGUAUUUUCUAAGCAUUUUGGGAAUUUGACCCGCUCGUAUCAUUGCUGCCACUUAGAUCUGGAUCACUUCCCUCAGUUAGGAACCUUCCUCGGCCAAGAAGACUUUUCGGCUGCAGCCAUGAACUCAGCAGGCAUGCUGGAAACCAAAAGUGGACUUUUAAUGGGCUGGUUUGCUGAAUGAGGGCGGAUAUGUUUCUUAUUAAAUUACAUAAAAACCCUGUUCAGUGAGACAGUUAUGUAUUUAUGAACGACUGAGACUCUUUUAGAUUGGUAUGAUUGGUAUGCCAGUAACGUAUAAACGUCUCUGUUCAGAUGAACAAUGCCAGAAUUAUAUGUAAUAAUAUCAUGAAAUCCUCAACUGUUUUGGGAAUUCUCUCUUGGUUUGUCAUUAAGAUCUCUGUAAUGGUAUACCAACAUCAUACAAAUAAAAUACUGCACAUUGCUAUGCAUACAACAAC